AUGGCGAAGGAUCUGGACCAGAUCAACAUGGAUCUUAACAACGUGUUAAACCGCAUGGACGUCAUCGAGACGCGACUGGCAGAUGAGAUAAAGCAAGUGGAUGGUCCUGUAGGUGGCGCUAAUCUCCGCGAGUAUCAAACACAGCUGCUGCUAAAGCUACGCGCUAUCCGAGAUUCAAUGCAGAAGGAAGGGUCGUCCCUAGAGCAGCUACGUAAGGAACGUGACGACGCUCGCAUUGAGCGUGACGCCCUUAAGAAACAAGUGGAUAAACUCAAUUAUCGUGUGCACCACCUGAAGCAGCAUGUGCCUGUGCCAUCGCCCACUGACAUGAAGCUCUAA